AUGGCCAAUGAUAGUGUCCAAGAAGUUGCUCUCAACCCAACAGUAGAUUUCGUCGCGGGAACCAUCGCAGGCAUGGCUAGUCUGGUGGUCGGAUUCCCGUUUGACACAGUGAAAGUGCGAUUCCAGAACCCCUCUGUUUCAGGGAGAUAUCACUCGACGCUGCACGCCAUCUUCACUAUCAUUCGUGAAGAGAGGUUCAUCGGGCUGUUCAAGGGUAUCACAUCACCUCUGGCCACAGUAGCACUGAUGAACGGUCUCGUCUUCGCAUCAUACCGCUUUUUUAUGAAGCUCCAACUGCCGCACGCCGACGCCGUCCCCACAAUAACACAGAUAGCCCUGGCGGGUGCAGGCAGCGGGAUUGUGUCCUCGAUUGUCACCACGCCCACCGAGCUGAUCAAGAUCCGCCAGCAGUCGCUGCUCACACGGACGACCGCACGGCAGGUCGCGCUGCAUAUCUUCCAGGAAGGCGGAGUACCAGGACUCUAUCGCGGACUCACAGUCACCGCGCUGCGCGACUGCGGGUACGGCGCCUACUUUGCUGCUUAUGAAGCCACGUGCCGCUACUUCGCGUCCCCGGUCAGGGUGCCGGACUCGUCGAAUAUUUAUACCCAAGUCGAGACUGAGAUGACGAAGCUGUCGUGGUCUGCCAUGUUGAUUGCAGGAGGCGUCGCUGGUGUUGCGGGAUGGCUAGCGACUUUCCCCUUGGAUGUCGUCAAGACACGAGUGCAAGGCACCCAGCCCAUCCUGAUGCCCGCGUCGCCGGCCUCGACGGCGCUACACCUACCCUCCGCUUCCACCGCCCUUCUGGCUUGCCAGAAGGCCGACUCUGCUGCCAUCCCCAUGCGAGAUGUGAACCCAUAUAGAACGACUUGGUCCACCAUAACUUAUUCAUAUCGUAAUGAGGGAAUCAAAGUAUUCUUCAAGGGUUUGUCACCCACUUUACUUCGAGCGAUUCCUGUGAAUAUGGUCACGUUUGCUACCUUUGAAGCGGUGGUGCAUGCCCUUUCAUAG